AAAUGUGACACGCUAACUCGGAGAGCUCGGAGGUUAGACAUUUGGCGACGAAAGCUUAAAGGGGGUUUGUUACGUUUAGAUCUUCGACCAUGCUCAUCAAAGUAAAGACACUCACUGGCAAGGAGAUCGAAUUAGACAUAGAUCUCGAAGACAAGAUCACUCGAAUCAAGGAGAAGGUCGAAGAGCAGUCCGGUGUGCCACCACAACAACAGAGACUGAUCUUCGGAGGGAGACAAAUGCCGGAUGAUAAAACCGCUAAGGAGUUCAAUAUCACCGCUGGAUCAGUUCUGCAUCUUGUCCUUGCUCUACGUGGCGGCUUUUGAGAUCAGACCUGCGGAGAGGUGUAUCAGAGAUGCGCUCUAACAAAGGAGUUUAAUCAUGAGAUGUAGGAUUUCGUGCGUUGUUAGAUAUCAUUUGAUUUUCACUUGCUAUCACAUCGCUUGUCUUCCAUCAUC